GACACAAAGUUUCACUUGACUCCACAGCUCCAGAGGUGGACGGAUGGAGACAGACAUGAGCCCAGAGCCCCCUGAACCCGCUGUCUUCCCCCUGGAGCUCUACUGCCAGAGCACGGAACUAUAACUCCCUUCACCUUUGUACUUUAAUGUCCACAAACAUGACGAGAAAACCCCGGACCUCCGCCUCUACUCCCGCGGCCGCUUUCCUGCUUGUGACCGGGAUGCUGGUGCUCUCGUGCGGACACCGGAGCAGCAGUCUCCCGCUGGAAGAAGAGCCAGCUCCAACUGCCACUCUCUCCGCCGCUGGUAAGGUUUUCUCCCUGUACUUCCAGAGGCUAACCCGGGAGAGGAGGACAACAACAACAACGACAGCAGCAGGAGCCCGGUCCAGCAGUGCGUCUCCCCGGGUGGUGGAGCAGCUGUCCCCCGCGGACCUGUUCAUCGCGGUGAAGAGCACAGCCAGGUUCCACCGCUCUCGACUGGAGCUGCUGCUGGAGACCUGGAUGUCCCGCAGCAUGGCGCAGACGUUUGUGUUCACAGAUGCAGAAGACCCCCAGCUGCAGCCCAGGCUCGGUGACCAUCUGAUCCACACUCACUGCUCUAGCGCUCACACUCGUCAGGCACUGUCCUGUAAGAUGUUCUACGAGUACGACACUUUCCUCCGCUCAGGCAGGAAGUGGUUGUGUCAUGUAGAUGAUGAUAACUAUGUGAACGUGGUUGCUCUUCUGAAGCUGCUGUCCCAGUACCAUCACACAGAGGAUGUUUACUUGGGCCGCCCCAGCACUGGGACCCCCUUGCAGGCCUCCUACAGCACACAGGGGGCUGCUCCUCAGGAGGUGAGGUUCUGGUUUGCCACAGGAGGAGCAGGGUUCUGCCUGAGCCGCAGUCUGGCCCUCAGGAUGCAGCCCUGGACCAGUGGCGGUGCGUUCAUGAACACCUCUGACAUGAUCAGGCUGCCUGAUGACUGCACUGUGGGAUUCAUCGUGGAGGGCCUUCUGGGGGUGGCUCUGACCCACUCCCCCCUGUUCCACUCUCACCUGGAGAAUCUGAGCACCAUCACAGACCUGCCCGCUCAGGUGACUCUGAGCUAUGGCCCUGAGGACAACACUGUGGACAUCAGAGGAGCCUUCUCCACUCAGCAGGACCCCACCAGGUUCCGCUCUGUGCACUGUCUGCUGUAUCCAGACACUCCCUGGUGCCCCCGUCUCACCUAAGGAACAGCUGAAGAGAAGACGAGACCAAGGAUGAGGAAGGAUAAAGAGAGGUUGUGCACCGGAGCACAGGAGGCAGUCAUGUCAACUUCUUUUUUAUUUGGAUCAAAAUCCUGUGUUUCAGUGUUGGGUCUAAUGCAGCGUGUUCAGAGCUGAGCAGGAGAGAGAUCUGAUAUCUGUGUGGAGUUUGCUCAUUUAACCACAACCACAACCAGCAGAAUGAGAAGGCCAAAGAAUCAAAGUCUGAGGUGAUAUAAGAGCUAGGUGAGAUGAGAAAAAUUAUUAUGAUUUUUUUUUUCCCCCUCAUAUUGAUUGAGCUCAAUCUCUGAUUUUUGAGUCAAAAACAAAAUUAAAAUAGCUCUUUGUUUGGAAUUUUGUGUGUGAAAUGGAAUUGAUUAAACACAUUUCUUCCCCCAAAGUCUUGCCACUGCUCCAAACCACAUGCUUUUACUGACAGAAGAUUGGCUGUGGCUCCAUUUAAAAAACCCUACCCAUAUCAUUGACUUUUAGACAUGACUGAUUCUCAAGCUCACCAUCUUUUAAUUGUCCAGCCCUGGGUGACCUGCUUGUGGGUCACCACAUUGCCGCCCCUGUCCUCUGACCUCUACAUGUCUCUUUUGUCCAUGUGAUUGUUGAAAAAGGACCAUAUCUGUUUGACUCAGUAUUUCCCCUGUACUACAGAAGGUGGCGCUGAUACAGGCUUUUAUCAUGUUUUGUUUUGUGAAGCUGAGAGCUGCAAAGAGACAUUUACCAGUGCCAUGCUGGAGAGGACUGACCCAUGUUGGGUUGUGUGUGCAUCAGUCAUUUUGAUUAUGUUGGAAAUGUGUGUUUUUAUUGUAAAUAUUUUAAUUGUAAAUCUCACUUUUUUAACUCUUGUGUUUCUUUUGGGGUCAAAAUGACCCCGGAUGAACUUUAACAUAACACUACUGGGAGGAACAUACAAGGGUUAAUUGUAUAUCUGAUGUUUUCUUUUUUCUUAUUUGUAUUAUAAUGCUGAAAGCUGCUUAUGAAGCAGAGUGUUGUCUCCAGUAUCUGGACCUGAAUAAAAUCAUCUGACCCCAGGUGUGCACAGCU